AUGAAGGCAUCCCUGGCCAAAGGCCCUGCCAGGCCGCUGGCCGCCUUGAUUAAAAUCACGCCGUCGCCAAACUCGACUAUCUAUACCACGGCUGUCCUAUCCAAGCUCAGGACCUUUGGCGAAGUUAUUGAGUUCAAGAAGCUCGACGGCCAGGAGAGAACCACGGCGGGCAAAAUCUACCAUGCCCGCUUUAGCUCCCAACAGAGCCUGAACAAGGCACUGGACGCCAGCCCGCUCACCGUCGACGUCGGCACGGUCGACGCUCCUCAUCCGCAGACGCUGGAUCCGUACAACGCCUUUGGACUCCAGGACCGACGGCAAAUCACGCCCGCCUCCUUCACCUGCACUGUCACACCACGGACGGAGCUCCCCGUGAACACCGCGGCCCAACAACGCCUGAUCCAACACAGUGGCACCAAGGCCCUCUACGACAGCCUGCUCGAGUGUGGCGCUCCCAUGAACCAAAUAGCGGGGUUCUCGAUGAAACCUGCUUCGGCGGCGGCGGAGGUAGCUGGCGUGGACGAGCAGCGCGAACGAGCAAGCGUGGGACGCGAGCCGUUGAAGCUCAUGGAUCUCUACCGCGAUGCACUGAGCAAGAGGAGUCAGUGA